CACGAUCAGCUGUUGAGUGAGCUGUCUGCUUCAAGAGGUUAUGUUUGUAACAUCUAAACAACUACGUUUUUGCCGUCUAUUUUAAUACAAAAGUGCCUUUUAUUCUUCUCAAUUAAUAAAUAGAAAGAAACUCAAUGGAGUUGAAAUGGGAGAAAUAUCAAUCGAUUCUUGUCUUUUGAAGUUCAAAGUAACCUGUGUAAAAUGCGUUGGCAACUUCCUUUAUGCAGGUGUUGGAGGCAACCUAUUAAUUUUCGAGGCUGAGAAUCAAUCAUACAAGUUGCGUGAGCAAAUAAAGAAUGUUCUGCCAAAUAAUAUCUAUGGAAUACUGCCUGAUAAGGAAAGUAAAAAUAUUGCAAUCUAUGGAAAUAAAAAGCUGACAGUUAUCCCUUGCUUCCCAUGCAAAUGGACCAGAACUGAAAUUUGGGAAGCAAAGCAAUGGAUUCUUUGCAUUCAGUGGUUGGAUGGCGAGUCUUUAGCUGUAGUUACUGGACUGAACGAGGUAGAUCUGUUGAAUUGGACUACAAAAAGUGUAAUAAAAACGGCUGUCUGCGAAGAAAAGUGUAUUAUUUAUUCAGCACAUCUGAUAGGCUAUGACUGGGAUAAUCUGAUUUUCCUGCUCAUAUUUAUCUUGAGGUAUUAUCUAUUUACGAUUUUUUAUGAAAUUCCGAUUUCGAUUCCUUAUGAAUUUUUCCGAUUCCUCAUAAAAUUUUCUCUCCAGGGAGUAAUUUUUUCAGUAACCUACAACCAUGUCACCAGAACGAUAUGCUCGACUUCAGACGACCGUACAGUGAGGAUAUGGAACGUUUUACAUCCUGAACAAUGUGAUAGAUUGAAUCUAGAGCAAUGGAUCCAUUCCUCCAUAGAAGGCCACGUCUCCAUAUUUGGGCACACGGCUAGAGUAUGGAGAGGAGCCAUGCUGGAUAAUGGGAAGGUUGUCAGCAUUGGAGAGGACUCUCUCCUCUGUAUUUGGGACGAAGAUGGGAAGAAUUUACUGAAACAAGAAACCCACCAGGGAGGGAGAUUAUGCUGUCUUGACAUUGAUAAGCAACGUGGUAUUGCUAUCACAGGGGGUGCAGACGGUGGUAUAAACCAAUGGUGUCUUAAUUCUGGGUUGAAUGACGUCAUCAAGACAGAUUUGCCCGACCAGGAACCGGCUCGUCUUCUAGUGCUGGCGUCGGGUUCGAUUGUCGUGGUGUACCGAACCGGUCGUCUGGUGGAAUGCCACAAAUCCUGUCCUGUUUUCCAGGAUACUAGAUUUGUCAACUACUGUUUGUCGGAGACAUCGAUUUGUGGCAGAUAUGUUGCGCUGGGGUCUAUUCAGGGAGAUAUCCUCAUACUAGAAGAUAGAAUUGGAACAGAUGGUACACUGAGUUUAGUGGCUGAGAGGAAGAUCUUUAAAGGUAAAGUGUUCUCUAUACAAUGGCUGGAUUCAAACCGUAUCCUGUGUUGUGGCUCUGAAGGAGAUAUGGCUGUAUGCGAGCUAGAUCAAAUUGGUGAAGAACUAAGUUUGAAACCAAGGGAACAUUUCAUUCUACCACACUGUAGAGAAAGAUGGGUUACUUGUGCAGUCUUACAUUAUCCUUUUCUAAUUUGUGGAACUCGUAACGGGAGUAUACAUGUGUAUCAAAUGGGCCCAGAUAAUUUACAGGAUCCAGUGCAGUCUAUCCAUAAAAUUCAUGGCAGGCUAGGUGUGACCAGUCUGAUAACUAAUGGAAACUCCUUAUGGUCAACCGGUAGGGAUGGAUCAAUGCGAAGGUUCCUUAUGGAUGAGAGGUCAAAUAAAAUUGACCAAAUUUCUGUUGAUAGACUGCCUUUUGCUUGGGUUGCCAAAAUUAUUCAGACAGAAAUUGCGGGCACUCUUGUGGUUGGUUUUCAUGAGAAAGAUGUAGUGGUCUGGAGUCAGAGAUCACGUGUGAUAAUAUGGAGCCUCAAUUGUUGUGGAGGCCACAGAGAAUGGAAGUGCUUUGUCAACAAUAAUUUGUUACAUUUUUAUUUCAUCAAAGACAAAACGAUCCAUCUGAUCAAGAAACCAUUGGAACAGAUUGCUGCUCCUCCGCUAUUGGAAGGCUUUCAUACGAGGGAAAUAAACACUUUGAAAAUGCUACAAUUAUCAGAUUCUAUCUCGCUUCUGGUGUCUGGCGGAGAAGAUAAUACAUUGAGAAUCAGUUUUCUGAAAUCUGGACGAAGUUUAGAUUCUAAAGUUGUGCUGACUGGACAUUUAUCAAGUGUUAGAACUUUGGCAGUGAUGCCAACACAAGAGAAAAGUAGAAUUCUACUUUUUAGUGCCGGAGGUCGAGCUCAGAUAAAAGCCUGGGAGUUGCAAUAUGAUAUUAGCAAUGAAGAUGAACCAGUUGUGUUGAAAUCUGUGGAACUAGCUUCUCACAUGAUCAAUGAUGAAAUUGAAUUGAGGAAAAAUCAGAAAAAUACAUUACCACGCUUAGACCCAGAAACGAGGUACAUGGAUAUUUCAGUGCGUGAAAACAUUGGAAAAGAAGGACAUUACUCUGUGUAUACAGCUUGCUCUGAUGGUUACCUGAGGGUGUUUGAUUUCUCUCUACAACAAACCCAGUUCACACUAUCUACUUCCAUUUCUCUCCAACGAUGCCUUUUGAAAACUGGAAUUUUGGAUUUUGAAAACAAACUUCUAAUACUGAUGACAACCACCAAUGGACUUGUUUGUGUGUGGGACUCUGUUAAUAAUGAACAAAUAAUCAACCAUCGAGUGUUUGAGUCCGGUGUAAAUAGCUGUGAUAAAUUCAAAAUGGCGGAGGGCGAGUAUUUGAUAGCAUCGGGAGGUGAUAAUUGUAAAGUUGCGGUUGAUCUGAUUGAUUUGAAACACUUGAAGGUUGUUGGGUUAUGGAAGAGUAGUCACCUGCAUUUCUCACAAGUAUCAGGUGUCAAACUAGAAGAUGAUCUACUAUUCACUGUGGGAGUUGACCAACGUCUCAACAUUCUAAAGUGGAGUAUGACUAAUAAUGACUUUCAAAUAGUUCAUCUUCACCAAUACUGUAGUUAUGUGCCCGAUGUACAUGGUCUCAGCAUUAUAAGAAGAAAAGAUGUCUACACAGUCUGUAUAUUCGGCGUCGGAAUAGAAGUUCUUGAAGUAUCACCAAACAGUUUGACAGAAAGGCAAAUUCUGAGCUGAAUAUGAAUUAUUUGGCAGUUACAGCUAUUCAAAUGUACAAAUUUGUUGUGAACGCAAAUAAAAGAAGCUUCGUUCUUUUUUAUUAAAAAA